AUGGCGGCCAUGAAGUCCAAGCUGACUCAGGAUGAGCAGCUUACUGUCGACCUGUUCAAAAGGAACACACCCUCUGUCGUCUUCAUCACGAACCUGGCUGUAAGGAGAGACGCAUUCACACUGGACAUGCAGGAAAUUCCCCAGGGAGCAGGAUCUGGCUUUGUAUGGGACGCAGAUGGCCAUGUGGUGACCAACUUUCAUGUCAUCAAGGGGGCAUCUGAUCUGCAGGUUACGCUGACAGAUGGGGACGAGUAUGCAGCAGAGGUGGUGGGUUUUGAUGGUGACAAGGAUGUGGCGGUCCUGCAGCUGAAGUUGCCAGACACUGAGAAGCUACAUCCUGUGAAGUUGGGAACGUCUGCAGAUCUCCUGGUUGGCCAGCGUGUCUACGCAAUUGGCAAUCCCUUUGGUCUGGACCACACCCUCACCACUGGCGUGAUCUCUGGCACAGGCAGAGAAAUCAGCAGUGGCAACACUGGCCGACCAAUUGAAGAUGUCAUCCAGACCGAUGCUGCAAUCAACCCAGGGAAUUCAGGUGGUCCGCUUCUUAAUUCAUCUGGCGAACUCAUAGGUGUCAACACAGCAAUCUACUCCCCAUCUGGUGCCAACAGCGGAGUGGGCUUUGCAGUGCCCGUAGACAUCAUCAACAGCUCGGUCACGCAGAUCAUAAAGUUCGGCAAAGUGAUCAGGCCAAUCCUGGGCAUUUCAUUCGCACCAGAUCAGUCUGUCGAACAGCUGGGAGUGCAGGGCAUUCUUGUUUUGGACGCGAGGGAGACUGGUCCAGCAGGAGCGGCAGGGGUUCACGGCACCAAGCGCGACCAGAACGGGCGCCUUGUGUUGGGAGACAUCAUCACAGGCUUCAACAACAUGCGUGUCAGGAAUGCUUCUGACCUGUACAAGGCUCUGGACAAAUGUGGAAUUGGUGAUGAGGUGGAUCUGGAGGUCUUACGAGACAACAGCAAGAUCCACAUGAAGAUCACACUGGGCUCGAGCAGCUAG